GACAAAACACUCAUUUCUCCCAGUCUUAAAUUUAGUUAUCCAGAUUUUCACGUCUUAUUAAAAAACAAACACAGACUGAAGGUCAAAUCUCCAGUUGCCCCAUCUAUCAUCGGAAGGGGAGCUGAGGGGAGAUGGUUUCCACACCUUGCCUUGGAGUGUCUAUAAGGAAGGGAAUUGUUCUGUCCUUCCAGGGAUCAGUGAGCUUUGACAGGUGUCCUUGCAUUUCGCUGACGACAACUGGGCCCUACGGAGAGCUCUGUACAAGGACGUCAUGGUGGAGGUUCGUGAGAUGGUGGCCUCUCAGGGAGAUGUUUGGGGGGUCCUGGAUGAGGAGGAGCCAUCAGAAGUCUGGCCAGAAAGAGGUGAGGAGCAAGAGAAGGAAAGGAAGUUGGGGGUUCAAGAUGGAGCCAACAAACAAGAGGGGAGAGAAACAGUGAAGCCAAGGGAUGAACACAGUGUUUCCCAAGAAGAUGAAAAUCAGAUUAACAGGGUGGAGAAAAAACAUGAAUGUACUGUGUGCGGAAAGAGAUUCUGUAGUCGCUCAGCCCUUGCUAGACAUCAAAGCGUACACUCAGGUGAAAAACCUUAUGAAUGCAUGGAGUGUGGAAAGAGAUUCAGUUACAGUGGCUACCUUACUUUGCAUCAAAGAACUCAUACAGGGGAGAAACCUUAUAAAUGCUGGGAAUGUGGAAAGAGUUUCUUUGACAGUAGUACCCUUACUAAACAUCAAAGAACUCACACAGGGGAGAAACCUUAUGAAUGCAUGGAGUGUGGAAAGAGCUUCAGUCGGAGUUCCUCCCUUAAUGUGCAUCAGAUAACUCAUACAGGGGAUAAACCUUAUGAAUGCAUGGAGUGUGGAAAGAGCUUCAGAAACAGUGGCUACCUUAAUGUGCAUCAAAGAACUCAUACAGGGGAGAAACCUUAUGAAUGCAUGGAGUGUGGAAAGACUUUCAGUCAGAAUUUCUCCCUUACUUUGCAUCAAAGAACUCAUACAGGGGAGAAACCUUAUGAAUGCAUGGAGUGUGGAAAGAGCUUCAGAAGCAGUAGCUACCUUAAUGUGCAUCGAAGAACUCAUACAGGGGAGAAACCUUAUAAAGGCAUGGAGUGUGGAAAGAGCUUCAGUUGCAGCAACAUGCUUAUUAGACAUCAAAUAACUCAUACAGGGGAGAAACCUUAUGAAUGCAUGGAGUGUGGAAAGAGAUUCAGAAACAGUGGCCACCUUAAUGUGCAUCAGAUAACUCAUACAGGGGAGAAGCCUUAUGAAUGCAUGGAGUGUGGAAAGAGCUUCAGAAGCAGAAGCCACCUUAAUGUGCAUCAAAGAACUCAUACCGGGGAGAAACCUUAUAAAUGCUGGGAAUGUGGAAAGAGUUUCUUUGACAGUAGUACCCUUACUAAACAUCAAAGAACUCACACA